AUGUCCGGCACAUCUGGCUUCGCCUUGAGGAGCCUCAGCUCGAAGAGGAUGGCCCGGCUUUACCGUGGAAUCAAUCAUGGAGCCCAUUUGCUACAGCUGCGCUGUAUCUAUGGAAUACCUUGGCGUCAUGGGAAGUUGAUCAGGCCGGAGAAGGGUUGGCGCUCGAGAUCAGUUCUCAUACGCUGGCGGGGCUCAUCAAAUGCAACAAUUAUACGCCAAAGGGCGACGUCGAUGACUAUUCGAAGUAUCUUGAGACCGAAUCUCUUGCGUCGUAUGAUGAGGUUGAACCUUUCAGUUACACGAGCCUACUCUGGAUUGCCCACUUGUGUCAAGGUCAAAGUACCUCGAUGCAUUCCGAAGUUAUCAUGGCCCUUUAUUCGUACGAUGUCAAGCUUACCCGUGUACGGUUACUGCCCGUACAAAUCGUCAUUAGGUUUCUUAUGA